GGAUGAGCACCAGAAGACUACCAAUUUGGUGGAGUGUUUGGUCUCAGGCUGUGCACAGGUUUUGUUUGUAAUCGGCUGCAAUACCUGGUUGAUCUCCUAAAGCAGUCUGCUUGACGUCCUUGUCAAAAAUAUCAUCUGACUGCCUUAUGGUUCUUCGGAAGCUUUGUAGCGUCGUCCGCCUUCCGAAUCCAAAGCUGUGCAAGAGGGCUCGACCCUCUCUUUUGGGUGUGCCUGGUCUGUUAGGAUCAACUUUGAUAGGAAAUACCGCUAGGGCUUUUACGCCGAAGGCCACAUCCCUUUCGUGUUGGGAUCUGCCGACAAUCACUGAAAGCGGACACUGCGCUCCAAUUGGCUUUUUCGGUUCCAUCGUCUUGGCUGUCGCGGCUGGAAGCUCCUUCUUUUUCGAAGCACGAUGUGACGAAUACAAGGAAGGCACAUCCCAGGAAGAAGUAAAGGACGAAACGGAUCCAUACGAAAAUCUUCCCGACGAAGACGAAGAAACGACUUGUUCCAUGUGUCAGACUUUUCGACAAGGGCCAUGUCGGCCUUUUUGGCGCAAGCUGGAGCGAUGCUUCAAAGAUCACGAAAACGAAGAAGGAGGUGCCACCAAGUGCAUGCGUUACUUUGGGCCUCACCAGCAGUGCUUGAUGGAAUUUACGAAUCUCUACUCUCUCGUAUCACUGGACAUGAAGCAGGAAUUAGUCCACGACAUAGAACUUUCGGUAAACGCUGACGAGCGCCGAACGUGGGAACCAGACAUUGACUGGGGCAUGUGGAAAAUAUUUGUCCAAGAGCGAGGACUGGACUUUCGAGAAACAGUACCAGGAUCGGCCAAGGAUACGCCCCUUUGGAAACGCUUACCGGCAAAUAAAGAACCUGUCUUAGUCAACCCGACUGUUACCCUUGCCCGGCAACAGGAAGGAAUGAUUCUGAAGGUCGCAUAUGCUGUAGAUCAAGAUGGUAUGGUGUUGGGAUUUUCUUUCAAUCAGGAAUAUGGCGAUUUGAUUGGAAAGUCGAAAGGUUCGGCGACCCUGGUGGAGAUAGACGGUCCCGAGCAGCCGAUAGAAACGAAUGAGUCGAAUAGUGUAGCAGAUGAUGCCAAGCCUCCUAGUUCCACUUUCGAGCUUGAAUUUGUGGUGUUUCCAGGAGAGACUACCCAUGUCCGAGUAUGCGCGCUCUACGCUGAAAAUCCGACCCUGGCGGAUCACGACAAAGAUAUUCUGGACGCACUUUUGUUUACAGGUCCCAUGGAAUCUCUACAAACCGUUGCCCAAGGAUGA